UAACAGAGUUUAAAAGUCGUGCAUGGACACAGCUAAGUAGUAACAGGAAUUGAAGUUCCAUUGUCAGCUUCUGCCCAAUCAGAAUCAAGAAGUGUUGCCCCUAUCUUACCGUAAUUUGAAAUGUGUUUUUUAUUUAUUUUUAAUGUUGUCAUGAUUUCUCUAAUGUCGUUCUGCUUUUUGUAGUCAUUGUGUUUUGUGACCUUCUGGGCCACCGUACCAGGACCUUCACAAUUAAAUAAUAAAAAAGAAAAGAAAUAAUGUUUAUGGUGUGUUGAAAAAAAAAAAAAACAUGCACAGACUUUUUCUCUCUCUUUUUUUUGUCUUUUUUCCCCUAACCCUCUCUUCCAGACUCUUGGCAGUUCUUCUCCUGACACAGCUGAGCCACAUUCACUCUGGAGCUCUGACUGUUGUUGUCUGUGCUCCUAAUUCUUUUUUUACGUGUGACAUCUGCGACUGUCAAAAACUAAGUGUGCAAACUUGCCACUUAGUUAGUCUGCAAUGAGUCCGACCACCGGUGAAUUAGCUGUUAGCUAUUAAGUACAGGGAACCACCGUGUGACGAGGCCUCCUGCUGGAAAGUGUGACAGUGUCGGUAUGACGUUCACCUUGAGUACAGGCCCUGACAAUGAUUUCCUACCCGUUGUUGGAGUGCAGUUGGUAACAGCUCGCUUACAGGGAAACACCCGAGGGCAAACAUUUGUAAAAGAAAAAAAUCUGUGAAAGGACAGUGACGCAUUUUCAGAUUUGGCAAGAACCUCAACCUAAUUGUUUAUUACCAAACACCUGCACACGUCUAUUCCAGGCACUGCCCUCCUGAUUUUCCAUAGACAUAAAUGAAAUCAAACGGAAUUUACAGUUAACCACUACAGUAGCUGACGUUGUAAAUCGACAUGUGACCUGUCCUUCUAUGACUGUUACCGUUGGCCAGUCUUUGGAUGAUCUGAUUAGGAAAUAUUGACUGGUUUAUUUUACUUCCCACUCUCCACUUCGCCUCUGUUUUCACAGCACUUCCUCAUGGGCUCAGUGGAGGAAGGAUCUGGAAGCAUUUUUCUCCGCUCUGCUCAGAUGUUAGCAAGACGUUUCUACAGUACACUCACACUGGCAGCCAAGUACACGCAGAUGGACACACAAAGGCGAAUGGACACACAGAAUGGUCUCUUUGGCUCCCCAGGCUUGAUUUCCCAGCAGCCACCAGCAGCCAUGCUUCUCCGGAGCAGCACUGUGUUCCUGCUGCUCCUGUGUUUCUAUCACUCGGGCUCAGCCAUUGUUGUAGCUGACAAUGAUUACGGCGGUGUUCCUCUGUGGGUCGACCGCCUGUUGGGGGAGCCCAGUGUGCUGAGUCUGCAGGGGCGUUUGGACUCCGCCUGGUUCCGAGCCAACAACCCGCAGACCUGCCCUCAACAAUGUGACUGCCCCAUCCAGUGGCCCACGGCACUUUACUGUGACCACAGAGGUUUGGCAGAAAUCCCCCAGACCCUCCCCAACAGAACUGAGUAUUUAUUUCUACAGGACAACAACAUUACAUCUUUGUCUUCUGCCGUGCUGGCCAACAAUACUGGGCUGCGCUGGAUGAUCCUGGACCACAACCUCCUGGGGAGCAGAGAGCUGGCUGCAGCAGCCCUGCAGCAGCAGUCCAAACUCUGCUACCUUUUUGCGAACCAUAACCACCUGACGUCAGUGCCCAGAGGGCUACCAGCUGGACUCCGGCAGCUGCGAUUGGCCCACAACCAAAUCAGCAGCAUCAGUCCUGGGGCUUUUAAAAACCUGCACAACCUGACCGUGCUGCUGCUGCAGGGAAACAGGCUGAAAACCAUCAAAGAAGAAGACUUCCUCGGAUUGGUCAGUUUGAAUCUAUUGCAUCUUGGCGGGAACUCGUUGUCCUCUGUGCCCAGCCACCUGCCGUCCUCGGUCCAGCAGCUCUACCUGUCCAACAACUCCCUGUCUAAGGUGGACUCGGACAGUUUCCAGGGACUGCUCCAACUGAAGUACCUACGUCUGAGUCAGUGCGGUUUGAAAAGUGGCGAAAUCAAACCGUGGGCUUUCAACAUCUCCUCCCUGAUUGAACUGGACCUGUCUCAUAACAAACUGACCAGCGUUCCCACCGUCCCUACCACGCUGCUGUACCUCUAUCUGGAGGCCAAUGACAUACAAGAGGUCAACAUGACGAGCUUCUGCAGAGAGGUGGGACCUGUGUCCUACUCCAGGAUCAAAGUCCUCCGACUGGACGGAAACAAACUGUCCCACCACCAGCUGCCGCCCGACUGGUACUUCUGCCUGAGAGUACUCGAGAGUAUUUACAUCUGACUCCACCGACUACUACUAUGGGUACCAACAGGAUUGGACUCUUUUACUAUUAUGUACAACAACUCGUAUUUUGUUCAUUAAAAAUCUGAAACCAGUAACGAAGACCAACUCGUUUAGACUUCAGUUUGUUGAUGCAGAGCCUGAGGCCACAGCGAAAACUGACCGUCACUGGGAUUUUUAUCAUAAAACCGUAUAAAUAUUUUGAUCAAAAUCGUUUCUCCUGCCACCACUACAUUCCCCAGGGUUUUCUCACAUCCCAUCUUUUUUAAGUUUACAUAUCUUCAGCAGUGUUGCACAGCUGUGUGUUAUUACCAAGUAGGAACUGGGACAACUUCUUACUUCGGAGUCUGGGGAAUAGUGUAAUCUGGUUAAAGUGAGCUGUCUUUAGAGAAAUGGAAAUAUGAAAAAAAUGGUAACAUUCAGUGGCUUCCCUUCAGAGAAGUUGUUGGACGGUCAACUACCAGAGGUUGACACAUGUGGGAAAUUUUUUUUUUCAGUAAUUAGAUUUUGGAACGGUUUCAAAGUUUGGGACGAAGCCUCAGUUCAUCUUCAUCUUCAUUUUUAUCUAUCUUUAAAAAAAUACUGAGGGGAAAAAACACACCAAGUCCUGUGUUGUGGUCCUGGGACAAAACUAAAAAAAAAAAAAAGUCAUUUUAAAGGGUAGAUUGUGAAGGAUUUGGCUGGAACUCGAGGUAAAGAAUGUAAUUAUAUCUUCCUCGUCUGACUUUUCCUGUUCAUGUAACUAUAAUAAACCAACCAACCAUUUGUCUCCAGAUACAAAGAGUGUUUCAUCUGUCUAACCUAAUCCAAAUCAUCUACUUUUUUUUACUCUAUAGACAAUGUU